AUGGAAAAGAUAUAUAUUGAAUAGAUAACAAAAUAAUAGGAGGAAUUAGAUGAAAGAUUGAAACAAGCACAAAAUUAUUAAUGUAGAGAUUGAGAUCAAUUUAGAUGUUGAAUAUGUUUCAUCUAAGAUGGAUGAUAUUCUUAAAUUUCAAUAGUAAGAGAAUUCAAAUUUGUAAUAAUCCAAAUAAUUUACAUUGCCAGUUGAAGAAUUGAUUGGAUUAGCAAAGGAAUUAGACACAAGGUUUUAGAGAUCUAUUAGAUAGCUUUAAUUAAAAUAAGUAUGAAAUAGAUAAUUAAAUAAGAGGAGUAAUUAGAGAUUGAGUAGAAUAAAUGGAAGAAUUAAUUGAGAGAGAAGGAAUAGGAGCAAUUAUUAUAAUUAGAAUAAGAGAAGAAUUAGAUUGAUAAAUAAUUUAAAGAGAGAUUGAGGACUAUUCAUAUGAAAUGA